UUUCAUACUUCCUUUUGCUCUCCAGACCUGCCCGUUUUCUCAUGGCUUGACCCACACGAUGUGCUGGAUCAGGGGUACUCUGAUGGCAAUGGAGACUUCAGGUUGGUCGGCUCUACAGAGGAAUUGACGGCAAUGGAGCCUGUCUUGGAGAUCUAUCAUAAUUGCAAUGAUGGAAUCAAAGAUGGGUUCAGAAAACUACGCUUCGGUCUGCCGGAUCAAUAUAUCACAGCGGGGAAGGUACCAGAAAAAACCGUCGAUGUUGGCUUGAUCAAUUUGGAACUCGUAUACAAAGACGAAACCAGAGCAGACGUUGAUAUUUUUGAUGGAAUUGCUUCGAUUGAGCCCGUCUCAGUUCAAUGA